AAGAACUAAUUAAUUUGUUCAGAAUCCACAUGUUUCAACACUCCGAUUGAACGGAAAGAACAUAACAUGUCUGCUACCGCGGUAAUCCAGAGGAUCACUCAUCCCACCCCUGCUCAAUGCAUUAGUAAAGCAGAUGAUGAGCAGUUGAAGGUACGAGUGGUGGCAAGAAUACGUCCAUUCCUUCCUAAAGAAAUCAGGGCAGCCAAAGGGAAACCCAAGUCUUGCUUUACUGUAACAAAACCCAAUCGAGAUUCAGAAAUGGAACAUGUACUCAAUAUUGAGGAAGAUGAAACCAACAUUAAAGCGUCUUAUAAGUUAGAUUUUUGUUAUGGUCAAGAAGCUGAGGUAGAACAAAUUUUCAGUAGAGAAGUUGAAGGCAUAUUAGCAGGGUUGUUCAGAGGCUAUAAUGCCACUGUUUUUGCCUAUGGUGCGAGUGGUAGUGGCAAAACACACACAAUGCAGGGAAACAAAAAGAAACCUGGUCUUAUGCCUCUAGUAAUUAGCAGCCUUCUAUCAAAAGCCCAUGACUCAGAGACUAGAUUAGACAUUUCCUACUAUGAAGUUUAUAUGGAUAGGUGCUAUGAUCUCUUGGGGCCCAAGACCAAAUCACCGGUUCCCAUUUCAUUUUUUGACGACCUUGAGGGCCGAGUCCAACUCCUAGGCCUUAGCAAACUUCAGGUUUCUUCUGUGCAGGAAUUUGAGGAGAUACUGAGUUAUGGGUGUCUGAGUAGGAAGAUUGGUCACACAGCCUUGAAUCAUGUGUCCAGUCGUAGCCAUGGGGUGCUUGUCGUUUGGGUAACUUAUGGAAAUGUUGUUGGCAAGCUUAAUCUUAUUGAUCUUGCAGGCAAUGAGGACAACAGAAGAAGUAAAAGUGAGGGAAUUAGUCUCAAGGAAAGCUCCACCAUUAACCAGUCACUAUUUGCCCUGUCAAAUGUUAUCCAUGCUUUGAAUGCCAAUGGGAAGAGAGUGCCAUACAGAGACAGCAAGUUAACUCGUAUAUUGCAAGACUCACUGGGAGGAGCAAGCCGUACUUUGAUGAUUGCAUGCUUGAAUCCAGCUUCAUUCUACGAGGCGUUACACACACUCAGUCUUGCUGCCCGCUCUACGCAAAUAGUAAACCAUGUUGUCAAACCUAAGGUAGACUGCAAGCUAUUUAAACCCAAACAGAGUUUGAAUGCUAAAGGAAAAUGUUGUCUUGAGAUUGAAGGGCCCAAAACUGAUGGUGCGUACAAAGUGGACCAUCCAAUUUCAGUGAUCAAUACUCUCCAUCCAAUGUCCCAAGGUGGAAGAGAUGAUGUUUGGAAAAUAUUUGUAUCAAUUAACAAUAUGCACCACCUUUAUAAGAUCAACCUGUGUUCAAGAUCAAUGAAUUCUGGACAAUAUAAAACACAGCAACAUGCAAAAGCAUGUGUUCUUACUGAGCUCAACGAUGUAAAAACUGUCUGAGAGGCAGCGAAGAGCUCCUCAAGUAUUCUAUGUACAAAAUUUUCUGUGUGGGUGCUGCAAAUUUCUAGAUUCUCUUCAGCACCCCCUCAAAAUUCUCCUAAAAAUAUGGUUCCCCUCCUGCAGAGAAUCAAUAGGUGUUUCAUUCCCUCUAUAGAACUACAUCCUUGAAAAUAGCUUACAAACCGGAUGUGAUCUGGAGUUUAAAAGUGUGUAUA